GUGCAUUGCAGCCUUGUAUAUUCAUCUCUCCCACACAACAAGCACUGGUUUUGUAGUAAAACCCUCCAGAAACCUGAAAGGCAAGAUAAGAGGCAGGAAGGAAUAUAUUGGAUUUUGAAGAGAGCCAGAGAGAAACCAUGACUGUUGAGGUUAAAGUUGCUGACGCGGUGCAAGUGGCUGAGGAGCCAGUGAAGGUGGUGGCAGAAGAAGCUGAGAAGGUGGUAGCGGAGGAGAAGUGUGAAAAAGAUGAAUCCAAGCCCAAGAUGGUGGAGAAAAGCUCUUCUUACAGAGAAGAGAGCAAUUUUCUCUCUGAUCUGAAAGAGCAUGAGAAAAAGGCAUUGAGUGAGCUGAAAGCCAAGCUUGAAGAGGCCAUUCUUGGAAACACUCUCUUCAAGAAAGAAGAGAAGAAGGAGACAGCCAAAAAGCAGUCUAAUGAAGAAGGAAAUAAAACAGAGGAGAAAGCAACAGAAGAGUGUGAGAAAGAAGCUGAAAAGAAUGAAGAGUGUGCUGAAGAGAAACCCAACGAAUGUGAAAAACCCCAAGAAGCUGCUGAAGAAAAGCCCGACGAAUGUGCCAAACCCCCCAAGGAACCUGAAGAAACAGAGCAACAGCCUGAGGCAGAUGCUGAAGUUGAUAGAGACAUUUCAGAGCAACAGCCUGAGGCAGAUGCUGAAGUUGAUAGAGACAUUUCCAUCUGGGGAGUGCCCCUUUUGCCUAGUAAAGGUAAUGAGAGCACGAAUGUUGUUCUCUUGAAGUUCUUGAGGGCUAGGGAAUUCAAGGUUAAUGAUGCCUUUGAGAUGCUGAAAAAGACUCUUCAAUGGAGGAAAGAAUUCAAGAUCGAUACGAUCUUGGAUGAAGAAUUCGGGGCUGAUCUCGCCUCCGCCGCAUACAUGAGCGGCAUUGAUAGGCAAGGCCAUCCCAUUUGCUACAAUAUCUUUGGAGUUCUGGACAAUGAAGAGAUCUAUGAGAAGACACUCGCGACAGAGGAGAAGCGCGAGCAGUUCUUGAGGUGGAGGGUUCAGCUCAUGGAGAAAGGCAUCCAGGAACUUAACUUCAAGCCCGAUGGCAUUAAUUCACUAGUUCAGAUAAAUGAUCUCAAGAAUUCUCCAGGCCCAUCCAAGAAGGAGGUCCGGGCUGCAGUGAACAAAGCAGUCGCACUCCUCCAGGACAACUACCCGGAAUUGGCGGCCAAAAAUAUUUUCAUCAAUGUUCCAUUCUGGUAUUAUGCUUUCCACUCCCUGUUAACUCCUUUCUUGACUCAAAGAACCAGAAGCAAAUUAGUCUUUGCUCGCCCGUCUAAGGUCACUGAGACUCUGCUCAAGUACAUUCCUAUCCAAGAAAUCCCAAUCCAGUAUGGUGGAAUUAAGAGAGAGAACGACUUUGAGUUUUCCGUUGCUGAUGGUGAAGCUGCAGAAGUUGUGAUCAAGACUGGAUCAACUCAAACCAUUGAGAUCCCCACACCAGAGGCUGGAACUACAUUUAUCUGGGACCUCAUAGUUCUGGGGUGGGAGGUGAAUUACACAGAGGAAUUCGUGCCGACGGAUGAGAACUCGUACACAAUGAUUAUCCAGAAAGGAAAGAAAAUGUGCUCAGAUGAGGCACCAGUUCGCAAGACAUUCAAGAACCAGGAACCAGGGAAAAUCGUCCUCACUGUUCAGAAUUGUUCUGGGAAGAAAAAGAAGCUGUUCUAUCGGUACAAGGUCAAGAAGGCCUGCUUCUGAUGAUGGGCUGAAUUAUACCUUUUGCUGCGUGGAAUUUUGGAGAUUCUUUAUUUGAUUGAUGAUUCUUUUUAGACAUUUUUAUUAUUAUUAUUCUUUCUUUCUGAUGGCGUCAAAAUUGUUUUUGUGUACAUCAAGAUUUUCACUCAUUCAGUGUUUUUUUUUCAGUUUUUAUGCUGGUUUCACUUGGCUAUCAGUGUAAAUGGAGUAUUCAUAAUAAUAUUUGAUACAUUUUUACUUC